AUGGCGGUGAAUCAGAGUCACACCGAGAACCGCCGCGGGGCCAUCAUCCCUUUUGGCGAAAGUAUCUUGGCUCAGUGUCAGGAUGUAGAGCUCUCCUUUCUACAGCAACCAGAGGGAUCCAGUCUCUUCAGUGGUACAAAGAAGGGAACACUGUUUCUCACUUCAUACCGGGUGAUCUUCGUGACCUCACACACAGUCAAUGACUCCAUGUCUUCUUUUAUGAUGCCAUUUGAUCUAAUGAGUAACUGCACCAUCGAACAGCCAGUCUUUACCUCCAACUUCAUUAAAGGAAUCAUUCAGGCAGCUCCAGAUGGUGGCUGGGAUGGACAGGCUACUUUUAAAUUAGCCUUCAGAAAAGGAGGUGCCAUCGAAUUUGCCCAGUUGAUGAUGAAAGCUGCCUCUGCUGCUGCCAGAGGAGUUCCACUUGGAAGUGUAAAUUACUGGUUCAGCACUCCAGGACUGUAUGUAGUUACUGGGCAGGGGGCCAUGAUGUGCUCCCAACAGAUGCCUUGUCCAGCAUACCCAUUUGUUGUCUGUGGAGCCCCACAGGCAGGAUACGGAACCCCACAAGUGGGAUACGGACACCUGCAGGCGGGAUACGAUAUGGACCCCUACCAGCUGGAAAUGAAGCUUCACCCGCUGCAAAUGAAACCCCACCUGCUGCAAAUGAAGCCCCGCCUCCAGGAUAUGAAGUUCCACCUGCUGGAAAUGGAGCUGGGUCUAGCAGAUUUAUGGCAGCCCAGCCUGCUGGAUAUGAGCCUUCUCUCCCCCCUGCUUCGUCUUCUGUGGCCCAGCCACCAUCUUCCAGGAAAUAACCCUUGA